AUGAUCCCCCAGACUCCUUCUUUGACUGUCCCGCCCGACAGUUCAGCUCAACAGCUCCUUCGCCUAGGCAAACCGUUUGUCGAGUUUCCAAGAUUCAGCAUCCUCACGCUGCAGGAAGAGAAGGACCCCGACGGCCAGCCCCUCACCUUUUCCGAGUGGUUGACUAAACGUCUACAACUCGGCCAACCCUUUGUCAUUGCCGAUUUCGACAAACUCGACACCUGGCCUAGCACAGAUCCUCGCGAUGGGAGUCAACCCGGCUUCGGGAUCGAGAGGUUGAUCGAGCUGAGCACAAAGAAAAAUAUACCCAUUCGGAAUUGCAGCACGGGGCGAGAUCUCUCAUUUACACUCAAGAAGUUUGCAGACAGCGCAAGGCAGUCCUUUCCAGAAUUCCAGAAUCUAUACGCCCGGGACCUGCAGUGUCCCCAGGAAUGGCUGGAACAGUGUCGCAAACUACUGCCCACCGAGGUGCAAUGGGGCGGCCGCUUGGACCUGUUUCAAUGGCUACCACAGUGUGCGAGGAGCGAGGUCAUGAUGGCCUAUGUCGGGAGCGAAGGCAGCAGCUCGGGAUUCCAUCGAUGCUUCUCUAGUACAGUUGCACUGAACCUCCUGAUCGACUCGGAUGAUCGUCCGGUCGUCUGCAUCGGUACAGACUUCGCGUCGCAGAAGAAGUACGAUUCCUUUAUGUCCGCCCGGGGUGUCUCGCCUCACCUGGACUGGCUCAACCUGGGGACGGAAGAGCUCCUCAAGGCAGACUUCCCCCUCUAUGCCUACGACCAGCGACUUGGCGAUCUUGUUGUCUUCCCUCCCGCGACCGCCCAUCAAGUCUGGAAUCCGUCGACUCUGUCGGCCAAGCUUGUCUGGAACAUCCUUCACCCGCUGUCUCUUGAGGUGGGGUUUGAAUAUGUGCAGGCCCCAUUCAACCGGUUGUGCCAUCCUGACGUCGCCCGAACCAAUCUAUCUCUUGCUUGCGCCAUGCUGUCCCUACUGCAAGACAAUCAAAAUGUGACAAAUUCGUCUCUGCCACUACCUCCAGAUCUUCCCCUGCUCUCUCGGCUGUUCCGACAGAUGGUUCACGACGAGUCUAUCGAGCCGCAACCGGCUACCGCGAUAAGCCUGGUACCGAUCCAACCUGGUACCAUUGCAACGUGUAACUUCUGCAGCACCGCCAUAUGGAACCGACACGUGCGAUGCACCCAAUGCGUAGAUUUCGACCUUUGUUUGCUCUGCUACCUGAACGGCCGAUCUUGUGAGCAUUUCCAGUCUUAUGCCUGGGCCGAGCUUGUACCAGCAGAGCAGUGCACCAGAGUCCUCAAUCGUGCUCGAGAAAUCCUCGGAUUCCAGCCUGAAGAGCCACGCGCACUGGACCGCCGCAAGACUCUCGGCACGGCAGUUAACGAACUUAUGCGGUCUAAAACCUCAUCCAUUACCAGGCUGUGUCAUCUGUGUCGCAUCGACCAUCAGGAGUGGAAGGGCCGUCGAUGCGACAAGUGCGCCGCCUUCUUCUGUUAUCGAGGCUUGUUUCGGCAUUUCGACCAGUACCCACCGGAUGUUCUACGACAAAAAGGCAUCUGGGUCUGCCCCAAGUGCGAAGAAACAUGCAACUGUCGCUGCUGCCACUUUGCCGCGGCAUACGUGAGAAGCGAGAAGCCUGCCAGCAAACGCAGGGUCAAAGCGUGCGAUCCCAGGGGCAAGUUGAUGGGCUUUGCCGAUAACGUAUUUGACCAAAAAAGAGGACGCCGUGAGAGCCAUCCCAAUGGCACCACAAGCACGACGUCUUUACACGGAGUGGCGCAAAUCACUGGCAAGAAACGAGCCAUCUCCUCCUCCGCUGAGCCUACACCUGCCACCCCAAUGAGGAAGAUCGAGUUGCCCACUCCAGAGCCCGACCUCUCGGUCAAUGGAAAACUGGGCAUCUCUAGAGAUAGCUCGGAGCUCAUGAUAGAAUCACCCUUUGCGGGAAUCCAUGGAAAUUUGCCGACACUGCUUCCCAGUCUGAAAAGGUUCACUGAAGGGCCUGACCUUAUUGUGAGCCCUGUCGAUGAGAGGCAUUCCAGGGUGAGCAGGUCUCCUGGGAGGGCCACGCUUGCACCCACAGUGGCGUCGCAAGGGCGCUUUUCCACCAAUGCCCAUUACAGCGAGAACAACACGCUACCGCCGAUGCUCGGACAUACCGUACCGAACGGUAUAUUUCUGCCGCAGCCUAGUUCUAGUGGCAGUCUGAGCACUCCAGGAUCCGCUUCACUUGCGUCUUCCUCCAAGUCUGGAGAUCCGAGUGAUACGAAGGCUCCCGCGGCCGCCCUUGACGCGUCAAUCACAGAACUCGAAGCUCGAGUGCGGAGCUUGAAGAAAUAUGAAGAAGAAUUCAUCGCAUUGGACCUCGAUGACAGCAGGAAGAUGCUUGCGUCCCAAGUGGCAGAGUUGGAGAGCCAGAUCAAGGCGAAGAAAAGGGAGAAGAGCCUCUUACUGAUUGAAAGGCUGAAAAGGGAAGGAUUUGGGGGACUAGCCGCGGUGGUGGGCAAGGAGGUGGGAUUGGGUAUCGACACAUUAGGCGCCUUUGGCUUCUGA